AGUACAGUGUGACUGUUUUGGUGUGAGAGGAGGAAGCAGGAACGUGAAGAUGUCCGGAUACAGGGGCCAGAUGAGCAAAAGCAAAGACCCUUCUGGGUUACUUAUCUCUGUCAUUAGGACCCUUUCCAGUAGUGAUGAUGUGCAAGACAGAGAGACCGAAAGAGGACGUUUGGAGGCAGCUUAUGAGAGCUGCGAUAAAGACUUGGAUAAGAAGAUUGAAGAGCACUUUACAGAACUCACUACUGCCAUACGCACGUACCAGAACAUAACCGAACGUAUUACCAACUCCCGCAAUAAGAUCAAGCAGGUUAAAGAGAACCUUUUGUCCUGUAAGAUGCUUCUCCAUUGCAAGCGUGAUGAGCUAAGAAAGCUGUGGAUUGAGGGAAUUGAACACAAGCAUGUCUUGAACCUAUUGGAUGAAAUAGAGAAUAUCAAGCAAGUGCCUCAGAAACUGGAGCAAUCCAUGGCUAGUAAACACUACUUGAAUGCCACUGACAUGCUGGUGUCAGCAGUGGAUUCAUUAGAAGGACCUUUACGCCAGGUGGAAGGUCUUAGUGACCUACGUCUUGAACUUCACAGUAAGAAGAUGAACAUGCACUCGGUUCUGAUUGAUGAGCUACACCGUCACCUGUAUAUUAAAUCCACCAGUCGUGUGGGGCAGUGGAACCAGGAUAAGAAUAGAAGCGGCUCACUUGCUAAAGAUUCUCCAUUGCCUCUUCUUGAUGUGACAAAUCUGUCUACUCCACGCAAGUUCCUAGAUAAUUCUCAGUUUGGCACUCCCGGCUGUUCCACUGUAAAGGACCUGAGCCUUCAAGACAUCAAAGACGAUCCCGAUUCUGACCCUGAGGAGAACAGCACAGUGUUUAUGGGAGUUCUCAUUAAAGGUCUGGCAAAGCUGAAAAAGAUCCCCGAGACGGUGAAAGCCAUAAAGGAGCGCCUAGAACAAGAGCUAAAACAAAUUGUAAAGCGCUCUACCACUCAGGUGGCAGACAACGGCUAUCAGCGAGGAGAAGCUGUGACCCAGGAAAAUCAGCCACAGCUUCUUCUCGAGCUUCUGGAGCUUUUGUUUGAUAAGUUUAACGCAGUGACCUCUGCUCAUUCUGUAGUUCUGGGAUAUCUCCAGGAAACUGUGGCUUCUCCCACAAGUCAAGAUGGGGACAUUAAACUCUAUGACAUGGCUGAGGUUUGGGUGAAGAUUCAAACAGUAAUCCAGAUACUUCUGACUGAGUAUCUGGAUAUGAAGAACACCAAGACUUCGUCUGAACCAUCUGCUCAGCUAAGCUAUGCUAGCACUGGACGAGAAUUUGCAGCUUUCUUUGCAAAGAAGAAGCCUCAAAGACCUAAAAACACUCUUUUUAAGUUUGAGUCGUCCUCGCACGCAAUAAGUAUGAGUGCCUAUUUAAGAGAACAAAGGAGAGAAUUGUACAGCAAAAGCGGGGAACUUCAAGGUGGCCAUGACAAUUUAAUUGGCGGAGGAUCAAGGUUUGUCUGCAAACCCGGAGCCAGGAACAUUACCAUCAUAUUCCACCCUUUGCUCAAAUUUAUUCAAGAGAUUGAGCAUGCCAUUGGAUUUGGACCAACAAAACAAUGUCCCUUGCGAGAGUUUCUCACUAUGUACAUCAAGAACAUCUUCCUAAAUCAGGUAUUAGCGGAGAUCAACAAGGAAAUCGAAGGCGUCACCAAGGUGUCAGAUCCGUUGAAGCUGUUGGCUAAUGCCGAUACAAUGAAAAUUUUGGGAGUCCAACGGCCACUGUUACAGAGCACCGUCAUUGUGGAGAAGAGUAUUCAGGACCUGAUGAAUUUGAUGCGUGACUUAAGUGCUUACUCAGAUCAGUUUCUGAAUAUGGUGUGUGUGAAACUCCAGGAGUAUAAGGACACCUGCAGCACAGCAUUCAGGAGUAUUGUCCAGUCUGAUGAGAAAUUGGUGAUCAGUGCUUCCUGGGCCAAGGAUGAUGAUAUUACACGGCUUUUAAAGUCGCUUCCCAACUGGUUGAACAUGACUCAGCCUAAGCAGUUAAGACCGAAAAGAGAAGAUGAGGAGGAUUUUAUACGGGCUGCAUUUGCUAAAGAGUCGGAAGUUCUUAUUGGAAACCUUGGAGAUAAACUAAUUCCACAGAAUGAGAUCAUGACUGAUGUCAGUGACUUGAAAGCCCUUGCCAAUCUGCAUGAGAGUCUGGAGUGGCUUGCAGGAAGACUGAAAUUUGCCAUUUCAAAUCUACCGAGUGCUCAGACAAUGUCCCCUGGCGCCGAUAGUCUCAACAGUGUGGACAUUCCUGCUGUGUCUGAGAUCAUUUUGCAGACUCUCAAUGAGCUGGCUAAUUCUUUCCAAGACAUGUCUGACCGCUGUCUGCUUGUUUUACAUUUGGAAGUCAGAGUUCACUGCUUCCAUUAUCUUAUUCCCUUGGCCAAGCAAGGAAACUACGCAAUUGUAGCUAAUGCAGAAAGCAUGGAUUAUGACCCUCUUAUUGUGAGACUGAACAAGGACGUAAGUGGAAUAGAAGAGGCAAUGGGUGCCAGUCUCCAGCAGCACAAGUUCCAGUACAUCUUUGAAGGUCUAGGCCAUUUAAUUUCCUGCAUUCUCAUUAAUGGCUCCCAGUAUUUCAAGCGCAUCAGUGAAUCUGGCAUCAAAAAGAUGUGUAGAAAUAUAUUUGUCCUCCAGCAGAACCUCACCAACAUCACUAUGUCCCGUGAAGCUGAUCUGGAUUUUGCAAGGCAGUACUAUGAGAUGAUGUACAACACUGCGGAUGAGCUGUUAAAUCUGGUGGUGGACCAAGGGGUGAAAUACACAGAAUUGGAGUACAUCAAUGCCCUCAGCCUUCUUCAUCGCAGUCAGACAGGUGUAGGUGACCAGACUACCCAAAAUAUGAGGCUGCAACGACUCAAGGAGAUCAUCUGUGAGCAGGCUGCCAUCAAGCAGGCCACCAAGGACAAGAAGAUAACCACUGUGUGAACAGUAACAGAAGUAGCAAGGUUUUGUUCACACACACUACCAUGUCAGACAAGUCUGAGACUCUUCAUUUAACAAAAAUCAUUAUCUAGUAUCAACAAGAGCUGGUCACCAUCUUAUUGAAUACUGUCCUUUCUUAAUAUUUCUCUAAAUCUGCAUGUUCUGUAUUUUAAUCUCAUAUUGUCUGCUUUUUCAAUCUAUGGGUAACAGUGUACUGUGUUACCAGGUAUAGAACCAAUAUAUUCACCAUGGCACUACU